UCCUCAGGGCUGCUGGGUCGGUUUCCGCGGGAGGCGGCAGCGAUUGGUCGGGUCUGGGUCCAACAUGGCGGCUAACGCGACCACCAACCCCUCUCAGCUGCUGCCGCUCGAACUUGUGGACAAAUGCAUAGGCUCACGCAUCCAUAUUGUGAUGAAGAGUGAUAAAGAAAUUGUUGGAACACUUCUAGGAUUUGAUGACUUCGUCAAUAUGGUGUUAGAAGAUGUUACAGAAUUUGAGAUUACACCUGAGGGCAGAAGAAUCACAAAGCUAGACCAGAUUUUGCUAAAUGGAAAUAACAUAACAAUGCUGGUUCCUGGAGGAGAAGGACCUGAAGUAUAAGCUGAUACAAUUCUCGUCUAUGAAGACAUGUUAUAUAUAUAUAAAAGUAAACUAAAUAGAGCUUUUGGGGUGUGGGUUGUUGGCUUGGUUCAGGGUUUUUUGUUUACACACUUUUGCAGUUGUCAUUUGAUAAAGACAAGGAUUCCCCCUUCAGGAAAGGUGUGUUGCUAAUGAUAAUGCCAACUUUGUAAGUUAAAAUCACGACUUUCAUGUAAAGAUGCACUAAUCUGUUCUGAAUAAAAGGCUUUCUUUUUGUUA